GAGUCAGAGAGGGACAGAGGGACAGAGAGGGACUGGAGGAGACAGACGGAGAGAAACGCAGGCACACAGGAGGCGACAAGGAGAACCGGGGUUGGCCGGGUCACCCCAGCUGCCACAGGGACGGUGGCCCCGGAGCCUCUGAGCUGGCCACAGGGGACGCCCGGCUGGUGGUGACUCCCGCCUCCUGCCCUUGGGGACCCUCCAGCCCAGGCCGGGGAUGGCGGAUUCGUGCCGGAACCUCACCUACGUGCGGGGCUCGGUGGGGCCGGCCACCAGCACCCUGAUGUUCGUGGCGGGCGUGGCGGGCAACGGGCUGGCGCUGGGCAUCCUGGGCGCGUGGCGGCGGCGGGCCCGCCCGUCGGCCUUCGCCGUGCUGGUCACCGGGCUGGCGGCGACAGACCUGCUGGGCACGUGCUUCCUGAGCCCGGCGGUGUUCGUGGCCUACGCCCGCAACAGCUCGCUGCUGGGCCUGGCGCGGGGCGGGCACGCGCUGUGCGACGCCUUCGCCUUCGCCAUGACCUUCUUCGGCCUGGCCUCCACGCUCAUCCUCUUCGCCAUGGCCGUGGAGCGCUGCCUGGCGCUCAGCCACCCCUACCGCUACGCGCGGCUGGACGCGGCGCGGGCCGCCCGCCUGGCGCUGCCCGCCAUCUACGCCUUCUGCGCGCUCUUCUGCGCGCUGCCGCUGGCGGGCCUGGGCCAGCACCAGCAGUACUGCCCGGGCAGCUGGUGCUUCGUCCGCCUGCGCUCGGCCGAGCCCCGCGGCUGCGCCUUCUCGCUGGCCUACGCCAGCCUCGUGGCCCUGCUGGUGGCCGCCAUCUUCCUCUGCAACGGCUCCGUCACCCUCAGCCUGUGCCGCAUGUACCGCCAGCAGAGGCGCCACUCGGGCUCCGUGGUGCCCGGCCCCCGGGCGGGCGAGGACGAGGUUGACUACCUGAUUCUGCUGGCCCUCAUGACGGGCAUCAUGGCCGUGUGCUCCCUGCCUCUCACGAUCCGCGGCUUCACCCAGGCCAUCAGCCCCGACAGCAGCGAGAUGGGGGACCUCCUUGCCUUCCGCUUCAAUGCCUUCAACCCCAUCCUGGACCCCUGGGUCUUCAUCCUUUUCCGCAAGGCCGUCUUCCGGCAACUCAAGCUCUGGUUCUGCUGCCUGUGUCCUGGGCCCGCCCGAGGCGACACGCAGACUUCCCUCUCCCAGCCCAUCUCCGGGAGGAGGGACCCAAGGGACCCCUCUGCCCAUGAGGGGAAGGAAGGGAGCUGGGUGCCUUUGUCAGCCUGGGGCGAGGGGCAGGCGGCACCCUUGCCUCCCGCACAGCGGUCCGGCAGCAGCACCGUGGGAACGCCAUCCAAAGCAGAGGCCACUGUCGCCUGCUCCCUCUGCUGACAUCCUAAGCUGACCCUGUGAUCUCCAGCCCUGUCUUCGGGAAACAGGAGCCAGAAAAUCAGGGACACGGCUGAUGGGUGCAGAUGCCAGAAACUUGGCCCCGAACUCUGGGGACCGUCAGCUGCUAUCGCUCCUGCAUGCGGGCUCGGGGUGGAGAGUGAGGGACAGAGGGAACAUUUAUCCUGGAGCACAGAAAGAAUAGCUUUCUCAAAAUAACCAAGGGCCUGGCCGGCCUGCUUUGGUCCAGGAGUCUCCAUCCAUCUCACUGUCUAAAUAUUUAGAAGGCAGAAAAGUUCCCAGCGGCUUCUAUGUACUCAGGUCUCCUCCAGUUGGGGUAUUGGCUCCUUUCCUCAUCCAUUAAGGGGGCCCAGCUGGCCACCCCAAAUUCCCAGGGACAGCCCUGCCCUCUCCCAAGCCAGUCCAAGAGCCGAGCCCUCUCUGCCCCAUGAGAGCCAGGGAUUCUUGGAAAAGUUCCCUGCCUCCCCUCGCUGCCCAGCCCUGUCACACUUGGGAGCCCUGGCACCCCGAGGGGAGGCGGGAGGAAGCAGAAGCUGCUGUGUUGUGCGUGACAAUGCAGGACACGUGCCUGGUACGAAAGGGGCCUGAGACACUCCGCCUAGCUUUGUGGGCCUGAGACAUGAACUGUGGGAGCGGGUGGUGGGGAGAUAGAUGGAGAAGCUGGUGGAUGAAGGGGUGGGGUGUGCAGAGCCCAGGGACUGCCCCAGAAUGCAGACCCAAGUCCUAUACCUGUCCCCAGGCUCCUGAAUAAAUAACCGUCUCCUUACAGAGCCUGACCUUACCUCAUGUGUCCUUGGAGCCCUCACAAAGAUUUCAUUCAUUCAUUCAUUCAUUCAGCAAAUACUCAGUGGGGGCUGGUGAGCUGACGAGCAUAAUGGAAGUGAGUUGGCAUCUGGUGGGGGAGGGUGAAUGGGAAACCCCCGGUCCCCUGCACUGCCAGCCUCAGUUCCCCUUUCUCACUCCCCCUGUCCCCAGCCCUGGGUUAAAACAAUAAAUCCACACCUGGGGAUGACUGGGGGGGGGCAAGGCCUGAGCCUCCCAUAAAGACAACAGCAGCUCACAUGCCUCUCCCUCCAUCCACACAACAGCCUAUUAUUUUUUAUUUAAAGAUAGGGGCCUUGCUAUGUUGUCCAGGCUGUCCUUGAACUCCUGGGCUCAAGUGAUCCUCCUGCCUCAGCCUUCCAAGUAGCUGGGCCACCAUGCCUGGCAUCAGCCUGUCACUAGAGCCUUUCUCUUGAGGCUGGGAUCAAGGUCCAGAGGGGGCAAUCACUUGGGCUGCGACACACAGUGAGAGGAGGCCACAGCAGAAGGAGCAGGCCUAGCUGUCCAUCUUCAGGGGACCUUGGUUUCCUUGUGAUCAUAAUCUAGUACUUAGUUUACAGGGUUGCUUUCAGGAUUAAGUGAGUUGCUCUAAAAAGCAAUUUAGCACAGAGCCUGGAGUAAAGCCCACAAGAAAUGUUACCAUUAUUGCCGUUGUUGUUGUUGUUGCUAUUGUUAUCUGCGCAAACAAGAUUUAAAAACAAA